AUGGAGGCCGGUAGCUUCAUGACGCUGACGAUGAGUUUCACCUGUGGGCACCCUAUCGAGUAUGAUAUCGAAUGUCACACUGACUUGGAAGGCUUGCUAGGAGACCUGAGCAUCGACCGUGACCGACUGGCUGAGGGCACUCACCCAUGCGCUAGCUGUGAUGCCGAGAACGGAAAAGUCGCGCGCGUGGAGGUGCUUCUUGGUCGAGUUGUUGAGCAAGCGCUUAGCAGGCCAGAGUGCUAUUCACACCUGCGCAAGAGACUUCAAAAGGCGGUCUUUGUUGAGCUUGUACAAGCAACCUAUCAGCAGUACGACGAUGAGCUGACAGCGAUAACCAACAAGUAUUGGAUUACGGCAUUCGAGAUCUGGGCCGCUCUGUCUGUCGAGUCCCUCACAGACGAUGAGCUCAAGGUGCUUGUUCAGGACGUCCAAGAAUGCUUCGGCUACGGCGGUAUCGAUGGGAUCAGCCCAGCGUAUUUAGUCGUGUCCGACAAGCUGCUCAAGGCGUACCUGAAGGCGCAUGGCCCAUCUGUAGUGUCGUGGAUGUAG